AUGGAAGAAGUACCCACCACCGCCGGACCCCCCAUCGAACUAUCGAUAAUCGAUAUUUCGAAUCCCUCCGACCCCGCCGUGGGCAAGGCGAUGCUAGACGCCGCCGCAAAGUAUGGAUUCCUCUACGUGAACAGCAAGGGCACGGAUUUCACUCCGGAAGAUGUGAAGAGGGCGUUUGGUUUGUCGAAGGAGUUCUUCAUGUCUCCCGCAGAGGAGAAGGCGUCUUGUCGGAUUGAACCGAAUACAGGAGAUUUCAAAGAAGGCUUCAACUUCGGCGAGUUCAAGAACGGCAAAGCCCAGCAGCCUCUACCGCCAUCGCUGGCUUCGCAUGAGUCCGAGAUAAACCAUUUCACCGAUCUAUGCCACAAAACCUGCGACCGAAUUCUCAAGCUCCUAGCGCUUGGUCUUCAGAUCCCCGACGAUUUCUUCACGACUCGCCAUGAUCCCAGCCAAGGGUCAACGGGCAGUAUCUUGCGAUACCUUUACUAUCCGUCGAUCUUCUCUCCGGCGACGUCGUCCUACAAGCACGACCAGGACGUGCGUGCGGGAGCCCAUUCCGACUACGGCAGUAUCACGCUGCUCUUCCAGCGACCCGGACAACCGGGGCUCGAGAUUCUGACACCCGAAAAGACCUGGGCCCCUGUGCCCGUGCAGCCGGGACAAACAGCCGCCCUCUCAGAGAGCUCGUCGGACGAGUUCGUCUUCCCGCCGAUCCUGGUCAAUAUCGGCGACCUACUCAGUUACUGGACGGAUGGCCUGCUCAAAUCGACCGUUCAUCGUGUCGUCUUCCCCUUGUCCGAGCAGCGGAGCCCGAAUCCCCGUGACCGGUAUAGCGUUGUAUUCUUUUGCCAUCCGCUGAACAAUACGGAGUUGGUCCCCGUUCCCAGUGAAGUGGUGACUGCGUAUCGCAAACAAUGCGAAGAGCAGGGGGUGUACGACGAGAAAGUCGGGUUCGGGGGCGGCGCCGGGAAGUUGGAGCCAGGAAAACGCGCGCUAACAGCCUUCGAGCAUCUGGAGUCGCGAUUGGAGGCGACGUACGGCUUCAAGAAAGAAGAGUCGUAA